CCGGGUGUUUAUGUUAUGAUACACACAUCUACCCCGCAAAUAUGAAAUAUCAAACCGGUUUCGGAUCAGACUCAUAGCAGAAUGCAUCACCGACCCCCAGCUGACUUGUUACAACCGUUCACUAAUGGGGGGCAAUUAGCCUAAAUUGAUUUGGCUAAUAUUGGGAUGUUGUUGAGUGUGUACACUGCAGUCAACGGAGAGUGAUGGAGGCCUGAGAGAGUUCGCCACGAUGACAUCACCGACAGUUAAUGGUCAUUCUCCGAAUGGUCAGUGAAUUCAGUUGAUUCUGGAUAAUUUGAACUCCACAUGUUUAAGGCAAUGGAGGAGGAGGCAGCUCCACGGACGAUCGUCUUGACGUGUCUCAUCCUCGGACUCGUGGUGGCCAAGGCUGAGGCCAAGUGCACAUUCAAAAUAGGUGUUGUGGAAGGCCUUCCUGCCGAAACCAUCGACUGGAAAAAGGUGAUCAGCAAGGCAUAUCAAACAUUCCUCACCCAGGACCCCGGGCUGACUGGCUUCAGUGUGGAUGUGGUCUCACUGCCGGUGUCGCAAGGCACCAACUUUGAACAACUGAAGAAGGCCCACAAACUGAUCGAAUCAAGCGCUGUGAACGCCAUAUUUGGCCCGGUCGACCCACCAUUACUUUCAGCAGCCGCCGAGUACAAUCUCCCGUACAUAUCAAGUGAGGUCACGCAGUCCGAGUUACAUCGUGAUGGCAACUUGUUGAUUAACCUUCUGCCCGAUGUCAGGGCGAUAGUUCAGGUGGUCAAUCGAAUCUCACAGGUCUACAAAUGGGAAAAUGUCGCAGUUAUUUACGAUUCUGAGGCGGGCAUCUCAUUGAUCGAGACCUUGGUCCAGCGCCAGGACAUCAGCGUACGGGCCUGGAAGAUGAACACCACCUUCCAAAUUGAAGACAUCAGACGUGACCUGCUGGAUAUCAGAAAGGCCGUGCUGAGGGUCGUCAUCGUUGUCUGUGAGCCUAAUCUCACCCAGUCCAUCUUAGGAGAGGCGUUGCGUUUCAGUAUGCUGUCACAGAGAUUCUUCUGGCUCCUCCCAUCAUUGAAUCCUUAUCACGUUGACCUCAGCGGCAUCAAGAACACCGGUGUUCAAUUGGCAAUGUUCCGAUCGUUGAGGGAGUCCUCGGCGAGUAAGGACCAGACCAUACCAAAGAGGAAGCUUCUUCAUUGGGCAUUGGCAAGUGACUCGGUCAAACUAUUGCUGAAUGAGUUCAAGAAGAUCGGCAAUGGUGCUGAUUGCAGCACGCCGGAUUUGGUUGCUGGUUUGAAAAAUGCGGAUGUCGAAGGUGACCUUGGGCGAAUAACUUUCCACAAAGAUGGUACGAGGGCUACAUACCAACUGGAUAUAAUGGCUCUUACACCGGAUGGGUUAGUUCAGGUUGGAACCUGGAACUCGUCCACGGAAGAGCCGUACAGGUUAAUCAUCAAAAGAGUUGAGGAUUGGAGAAACUUGACAGAUAUCGAGUUUGACCUACCGUUCGGCAAGAAGCUUCUCAAGGUCGUCACCAUCAUUGAACCACCUUUCGUCAAACUCAAAGAUAAUUCCGCCAACAGAACGGGCAAUGAUAGGUUUGAAGGCUACUGCAUCGACCUCUUGGAGAAUAUAGCUGCUAUUCACGGGUUCGAGUACGAGAUUUACCUCGUCCCUGAUGGCAAGUUUGGAGCCGAGCAAGAGAAGGAUGGCAUGUGGGAUGGCGUCAUAGGAGAGCUGAUGACGAAUAGAGCUGACAUGGCGGUUGCUUCGCUGACGAUCAACGUCCAACGCGAACAAGCUGUCGACUUCUCCAAGCCUUUCAUGAACCUAGGCAUCAGCAUCCUCAUGAAGAAACCAGAGACAGAACCCUCGUUCUUUCAAUUCACAGAACCUUUAUCCGUCGUAGUCUGGGUUCUAGUCUUCGUAGCGUUCUUCGUCGUGAGUGUUGUGCUGUUUAUUUUGGAUAAGAUCUGCCCUGCCCAAGAUGUGAACGUCCGGUUCGACAUGAAGGAGAGUUUAUGGUUCAGCUACGGUGCCCUGGUGCAGGCAGGAACUGAGACUUUACCUAGGACGCUUUGCGGCCGGAUUUUGACAAGUUCAUGGUGGUUCUUCUCCUUAAUUUUAAUAUCAUCGUAUACUGCCAAUUUAGCAGCGUUUCUGACUGUUAGUAAGAUAAACUCCCCGAUUAAAGGGGUCACUGACCUUGUGGGUCAAACCAAGGUCAAUUAUGGCACGGUCACGAACAGUCAGGUCAUGAUGUUUUUCAAGAACUCCAAGAUUGAGACAUUUGAAAAGAUGUGGGCCGUCAUGGGCCUCAUGAAGGAGAACAUGGUCGAAAGUUCCGAAGAGGGGAUAGCGCGCGUUGUGAACUCCACCGCAGACUAUGCGUUCUUGUGGGACUCGCCAGUGGUCAAGUUCCAAACGACCUUGAAGUGUGACCUUAUGGAGGUGGGGCAUCCCUUUGACUCUAAGGGGUACGGCAUUGGGGUACCGCCUGGCGCCCCCUAUCGAGAUCAUUUAACUAUGGCAAUAUUGAAGUUAAACGAGGAAGGAGUUCUUCAGUCUUUAGAAGAUAAAUGGUGGCGGGACAGUAAAUGCCCGGAUGAUUCCUCAAGUACAGCUAGCGACCAUAAGGAACUGACCCUCGAGAUGGUGGCCGGAGUGUUCUUCCUCCUGGUGGCUGGGGUGGUCGUCUCAGUCAUCGUCUGCUUCAUAGAGUGGUGGUGGCGCAAACGCAGGAGCAAAAUGAAACCAAAGAAAGCCAGGAAGGCCGAGAAGGUCAAUUCUACCACGCCCUUCACACCGCAAAAGGUCAUCGACGCGGAUGGGAACGCCCCAAACAAAUAUUACGAGUGGAGUCAGGAUAAUGGACCAGGGAAAACCAGUGCAGUGGUGUAGGGACGCACCUCCCGAAAAUCAGUUAGAUCGACUUUUUGCUCCCGAGGUUCAUCAUUCCGAAUAGCUUACACGAUAAACUUCAUAUGAUUGUGUUUGAUAAAAAGUAAAAACCUUGGACCUGUUGCCUUAGUCGGUGUUAGCAGUAACGUUGACGUUAAGUCCUAACGCUACUGUUGAAAAAUAAAUCACUGAAAGAGAUAUUACAUGUACUUAUUGAGUUAACGCUGGCGUUUAUCUCUGCCGGUUGAGCAACUGGCCCAGGCCCUGCUUAGUACGAACGACGGCGAUGCUCUUUUGGCACGAGAUUUGGAUGGUCUUUAUGUUCAGGCUUUACGUUCGCCGCGGGUUUCAAUCUCAGUCGAUGAUGGCAGCCUCCAUUAUUGUCGAGUGAUCAUUCAUGUAGGCUACAUGUACUUUUGCAGCGGAAAUUGGUGACGAUGAUCGAAGAUGGAUAUGAUGACCUGAUAGUGAUCAUUAGUCAAGUCAACCUUUUGCUGUUAUUAAUUUAUUGAG